AUGGAGGUUUUACAGUACUUUCAGAAAGCUUUGAUUUCCUUAGGAAUAGUGGCCUUGAUUGCAUUGUUUUGGCGUUUGUACAAUGCUCUAGUGAUCCAGCCAGGGAAACUUAGAUCAAUUAUGAGGAAGCAAGGGAUAACAGGACCACCACCAACCCUUUUGUUCGGAAACAUUUUGGAGAUCAAGAAAGCUUGGUCCGGCACCGCGAAUGCUCCUCCGAUCUUCGGUGUCCCGAACAAACACGACUGCGCGACGACCAUCUUCCCUUUCUUCCAAAACUGGCUGAAGAAAUACGGUGACAUGUUCAUGUUAUCCAUGGGAAAUACACAAGUAUUAGUUGUUACGAGGCAAGAGAUAGUGAAAGAGAUGACGACUUGUACGUCACCGAAUUUCGGGAAACCUUCGUAUCAAGCCAAAGAGCAUAGUGCUUUUCUUGGUGAUAGCAUUUUCACAUCCAAUGGGACUCAAUGGGCUCAUCAGCGAAAAGUCAUCGCACCUGAAUUGUUCAUGGACAAAGUUAAGGGAAUGACGAAGCUAAUUCAGGAGUCUGCAAUGACAAUUGUGAACUCGUGGAACAAAGUGAUUGAGGAGAAAGGUGGGAUUGCAGACAUAAAAGUUGAUCCUUAUAUGAGGCGUAUGUCAGGAGAUGUAAUAUCAAAGGCAUGUUUUGGAAGCAGUUAUAACAAAGGUGAAGACCUUUUCUCCAAACUCACUUCACUUGAGGAAGCCACUUCUAAGAAGUUCUUGGCCAUUGGUAUUCCCGGGAUGAGGCAUCUUCCAACAAAAAGCAAUAGGAAAGCUUGGGCACUUGCCAAGGAGAUCAAAGAACUAAUUCUGAAUGUGGUGAAGGAAAGAACAAAAGCUGGGUACGAGAAAGAUCUACUCCAAAUGGUUAUGGAAACUGCCAGAAACGAAGAAUUCAUUCGCAGCCAUGAAGAACUCGAUCGAUUCAUCGUCGAUAAUUGCAAAACCAUUUACUUCGCCGGGUACGAAAGUACUGCAAUUUCCGCAGCUUGGUGUCUAAUGCUCUUGGCUGCCAACCCGGAGUGGCAGGAACGAGUCCGGUCUGAGGUUGUCGACACUUGCCGCGGCAGAGUUCCUGAUGCCGAGUCCAUCCGUACCAUGAAAUCGCUAACCAUGGUGAUUAAUGAGUCGUUGAGAUUAUACCCGCCCGCAACGAUCAUGUCAAGGGAAGUGUUUGAAGACAUGAAAUUUGGAGACAUUGUGAUACCAAAAGGUGUCAAUGUGUGGGCAUUUGUGUUGACUUUACACACCGAUCCUGAGAUCUGGGGAAAUGACUCGUAUGAAUUCAAUCCACAAAGAUUUGCUGAUGGUGUUGCCAAGGCUUGCAAGUAUCCACAGGCAUACAUGCCAUUCGGAAUGGGACCAAGGAUUUGUCUUGGCCAGCAUCUGGCAACGGUGGAGCUCAAGAUUCUGAUCGCUCUCAUAAUAUUGCGUUUCAGUUUUACUCUUUCCCCCACUUAUAUUCAUUCUCCUGUCUUGCGUUAUAUUAUUGUGCCCAAGCACGGAGUCAAUUUAUGUUUUAAGAAACUUUGA